UUCAAUAAGUUUUGUUAAUUUUGUUUAUAGAAAUCCCGAAAAAAAAAGACUAAAUAAGAAAAAAGUAUAUUGAAGUGCAACGAAAAGAUUUAAAUGUGCUAAAAACAAUCAUAAACAAAAAAAAAACAUAUUAAACAAAAAGUAUUAUUUAUAAUUUAUUGUAAAAUAAGUACAAAAGUGCAAUGGCGGCCAUAACUCAACAGCAGCAACAACAGCAACACUCACAACAACACCAACACAGCAUACAAUUGCUACAUACAGCAGCAACUAAUCACAUGCCGCACGGCUUGGGGCUGCUGACCACUGUGGCCUCAUUGCCGCCUAAAUAUCGCAGUCGUUACCUGAACAUAAAAACCAAAUGCGAAAUACCUUUGGAUUUGUCAGUAAAACCUAACUCACCGGAAAUAGCCAAUGAUGUGCCAAUCGCAACCACAUUCACAGAAGUCUACACAGAACCAAGCAGUGAGCCAGAAACACAGUUAAGCGAAGAAGUCGUAGAAAUGGCGGAACAAACCCAAACACAAACACAAACAAAAACAAGGGUCACAGAAUUAAGCAGUAACAGCAGCAGCAGCAGCAGUAGCAGCAGCAUCAGUAGCAACAGUUACAGUAGUCAAGAAAAUGAAAAGCCGAUAACACCACCACUUACACCCACCCCCAACUCCGCAAUUAAACGAAAAUAUGACGCCGUUUGCAUUGACAAUGAGGAACAUAUUAUUAUGGACAAGUAUACGAAUCCGCUUAAAAUGUCAAAAUCUGUAGCUCAUCCCACCAUCAAGAGGGAGAGUACACCUACAAAACCCAUCAAAGCCACAGAAUCUGCACCACGAACUACAAAAAUGCAGCCAGCGGUUACCAAGAGUACCACCAAAAAUAAAGCAACUCGUAAACUGAAAUUCGACGAGGAGACCAGCUCUCCAGUUUCUGGUACCAUUAUACGACCGCUGGAAGACAUAACAGAUGGCACAGUGCAGUAUAGUAAUGGUGACAUCGAUCCACGUUAUAACAUCGUCGAAAUCACCGAAGAGACUAAAGCUGAAUUAGCGGCUAUUAAGAAUGUAAUAGGUGAUUAUAUAUGUAAAUUGUGCAGGCUCAAAUUUGACGAUGCUUUUGGAUUGGCUCGUCAUCGUUGCGCCUGCAUAGUGUUGCUCGAAUAUCGCUGUCCCGAAUGUGGUAAACAAUUCAAUUGUCCCGCAAAUUUGGCUUCACAUCGACGCUGGCACAAACCGAAAAAAGAAGCGAACGGCACAGCUUCCAAAAAGGAGAAUCGCAAUACAACAGAAGGAGCUCCGAAACAGAAGGAAAAUAGAGAUGUAGGUCAGAAAGGCGAGGAGCUACCGUUUGCUUGUAGUGAGUGUGGUAAAUGCUUCAAAAGGCAGGCAUAUUUGCGCAAGCAUCAACUGACUCAUGCGAAGAAAUCAACUUCGGUCACGUCAACAGCCAAGAGUAAUGUAGAAUUCGCACCGGUUGCAUUUGGCCAAGGUAUACUAAGUAAAUCCGAAACUUUUGUCGCAAGUAGCUAUCACUCAUAUGAUGGAUCUUCAGCCUCCAGUUUACACUCAUACAAUGGCACAAACGAGGAUGAAGGCGUGGUGCACAACAAUGUUGUCAGCAGCUACGAGUACGAUGCUGACUCCUUGUCAGAUUGCAGCAAUAGCUCAGCAGGUUACGGUCGUCUGCAGAUUGUCGAGUCGGGCUUAACUGAGGAAGAGAAUAUUGCGGCGGCUGCCUUGACAAAUCUGCGUAACUGCACGUCGGUGAUUCAGCACACAACGCUGGCGCAUUGAUUGAUGAUGUCGAGUGAGUAAACAAAUGUGUGAGUUUAUCAAAUGCGCUUAGCGUAUCUAAGGUGGGUUCGGUUGACGGGUUGUUGUGUGUUGCUGACACUGCAAUUCGCAGGGGUUGCAGGUAGUGAGUAGUGAGUAGUGAGUACUGCUAUUGUAAUUAGAUUUUAUUGUUAGGGUGGAAGUGUUUUUGUUUACUUUACUUAUUUGAUUUUUUGUUUGUUUGGUUCUAGUUCUUACUUCGAAUGUUAAUUUAAGCUCGUAGUACUACAGCUAAAAUACCAAAGAUAAGAUACGUGAAUUAUUUGUUAGAGUCCAGGCACCCCAAAUAAUAAUUUUAGUGUGUUAAGGUUGCUUUUAAGUUUGCUGUUAGGUUAUUUAUAAAAUUUAUUAUAAGUUUUGUUUUAAACGCUAGUCGAAAUCGUACAAAUCUAGUCAUAUUUGUUAAUAUUUAGUUGCUAGUCACGUUUUGGGCACUAUCAGCUUCGAGGAUCUCAUACGCCAGAAAUAUGUAGUCAAGUAAUUUUGUGCAUGCUCAUAAAUAGCUGGAUUGUUCCAGAAGAAAGAGCAGCUCUUAGUAUAUUUCAUUCAUAGUUAAGAAAAUCUAAGUUGAAUUUUAAGUAAAAAUAGAAAACAAAAUUCAGGCAAAUUAGUGCAGUAAUAAAUUUAGUUUAGUUUGUAGUCAUCGAAGGUUUCUCUGAGAUGUUUCCAAAAGAUGAGUGUGAACUCUAGUCAUUCUAUAGAUAAGUUCAAAAAGCUUAACCAUUGCGGUUCAGCUACUAUUUAAUCUCAAUUUAGUUCUUUAGUUUUGUAGCUAAAUAAGUUUAGUUCUAAUUAAGCUACGUUUAAGACAUAAACCAGCGUUUCACUACCAGAAAUCAAGCCACAAAGUACAAUAAGUAUUUAGUUUUAUAAUAAAGCCUUUACAUUACAUAAACAUGUAUAAUAUUAACUUGCAAUUGAAAAUGUAAAAAUCUCAAAAUGC